GACCGAGGCAGCCACCCCACAUUUUGGGAUGUGGGCGACUGGAGUUGGUGGUGCCGUCAGGAAGAAGGGUGCAGGAGAUGGUGUUUUUUUUUUACAAAAAUAUCCUUCUUUAUUUAAAAGAAACAUUUGCCCACAAAAGAAAACAAACGCGGUCGAAGUGCUACAUUAAACUACAGAACAGAAUUCUCUAUGCACAUUCAAGUAGGCACAAUUCUCUAUAUACAUUCUAACUAGGCACAAUUCUCUAUGCACAAUUCUAAGCACAUUCUAACUAGGCGCAGUUCUCUAUGAACAUUAGGCACACAAACUAGGCACACAAACUAGGCACACAGUGUUCACACUUCUAAACACCGUUUUCCACUUCAACUCACAGCAGGUAAGUGUUUUUUUUCGCCCAUGCCUUCUCAAUGCUCUCCCUCUGUGGACAGUGAGCUCAUCUCUUUGUGAUUGAGAAGUUUGGGUCUGAGCUACAGAUAGGGUUAGCACACGCUGUUCUUGUAAACAUACGGAGAUGGACUAUCUAACUGUGGAAGAAGGAAAUAGGACACAUGCUACAGUACAGGGUGAAAUAUUCGAGUGUUAGUUGAUUGGUUUGGUAAUGUACUUGUCAAGUUAUGAUUGAUUAGGAAGAAGUGCGCCAAUGCGAUGUCAGUUUUGGGACUUAAGAAACUUAGACUUCUCUGAACAAGUCGGAGACUGGCAACUCAGUGUCUCAGAGACUACUGAAUCAGCUUUGUGAAGAGACUCUCUCCCUCUGUACGCACAGAUGCAAGAAUAUAGCCUCUGAUUGAUUGCUCCCUGGAACUCCUUCUCUGUGAUAGUAAAAACUGCUAUCAGUGCUUUGGUUGUAUGAUUAGUUCAGAGAGGACAAAGUAUUCCUUUGUUACGGAGGGCGGUCUCUGAUCACCCAUGAGCAGUAUUGGUGGUGGAAGUGGAUUAUCAAAGUGUGUGUGUGUGCACGAGCUGAGCUGAGUGGCUGGGAAGAGAGCAACAAAGAAAGCUGAGCAUUUUAAGGGUGACUUUACACAGCCUGCGUUUCUGUCACACUGUGUGUUUCACCAUGCAAAGUGAGUACGGGCCAAAGCUCAAAAGUCAGAGGGGGCAGACUUGAGGCUUGAGAACAGCAUUCAUCGGUGAGCGCUUCAAACCUUAAGAAAUGUUUUCCUCAGCGGAGGAGCCCAGUGCCAAGCUGUUCUGCUGCGGCCCUCUGAGGCGCUGGGUCCCUCUGGCCCUCAGGGAAGAGCUCUACCACAUCCUGUGCAUGACCGGACCCCUGCUUUCCUACCGCGUUCUGAAUUUCCUGACUCCAUUUGUUGUAACAAUGUUUUGUGGUCGCCUUGGGAACACCGUGCUGGCGGGCUAUGCCAUGGCAUCCGUGAUUACAAGUGUAACCACUUUAGCAACCGGCGGAGGACUAAUCCUAGCAUGUAACACUUUAAUAUCUCAGACGUUUGGGGCGAAGAACCUGCUGCGUGUGGGGGUCAUCCUGCAGAGGAGCGUCAUCAUCCUGCUGCUCUUCUGUCUGCCCUGCUGGGCACUGCUGCUCAACACCCAGGCCAUCCUGCUGCUGCUGGGACAAGAGCCCGAGGUGGCCAGGAUAGCGCAGAUAUAUGUCAUGGCAUGUAUACCUGCAGUUCCGGCAAUCUUUUUACACCUCUUACUGGUGGCUUACCUACAGAAUCAGGGUGUGAUCUUGCCCCAGAUGUACAUGAGUGCUGUGGGUGCUGUGGCUACCUUGCUGAUUAACUAUAUCUGUGUCUCCUGGCUGGACCUCGGCGUUGUAGGUUCUGCUGCAGCCAACUCAGUCUCCCAGAUCAUCAACUUUCCUCUUUUAUUGGCUUACAUAAUGUGGAGGAAGCUGCAUGUUAAAACCUGGGAUGGUUGGAGUAGAGAGAGCCUGCAUGAGUGGGGGUCCUUCAUGAAGCUGGCCAUUCCCAGUGCCGCCAUGUUUUGUUUAGAGUGGUGGGUUUAUGAAUUUGGAGGACUCUUUGCAGGUAUGUUGAGUGAAGAUGACUUGGCAUCACAACACGUUGUCAUGAUGAUAGCAUUUCUAAAUUACAUGGUUCCUCUGAGCAUCCAAGGGGCCACAUGUGUUCGUGUGGGCAAUGCACUGGGUGCAGGAGACACUGCAGGGGCUAUCAGAACUGGCAGGGUGUGUCUUGCCCUUGCAGCCGUGUUAGCAGUUUUUCAGGGUGUUAUCCUGGCCUCUACAAAGUCAGUCAUUGGCUUUAUUUUCACUUCUGAUGAAAAAAUUGCAGAGCGGGUCUCUGGAAUUUCCACUGUUUACUGUGUCUCGCAGUUUUUCGAUGGCCUUGUGUGUGUGAGCAUGGGUAUUCUCCUGGGUGCAGGCCGGCAGAGGAUAGCUGCCGUUGCUAAUCUCUUUGGCUACUACUGCAUUGGACUUCCUGUUGGCAUUGCACUGAUGUUUUCUGCAGGACUACGAGUGACAGGCUUUUGGCUUGGUCUGUUGAUCAGUGUCUGUGUUCAGACGACAUUUUUCCUCACCACCAUCUCCAAAAUGAACUGGAAGAUUAUAACCAAAGAGGCAGUUGCACGUGCAGGAGUUAAUGUCUGCAAGACCCUUGUGCCUGAACCUGAUCCUGAACAGAUUACUCUGGAGAGCAACAGAGUGGCAGAGAACGGCCAUGGGUCUUUGGUCCAUCAGGGGCAGGAAGGGCUGAGAGCUCAGAGUAGUGAGGGGCAGCAGCCUGCAGCUCUGCUCUCCUCCUCUCAGCUCCUCCUCAGGAGAGGCUUCACCGCACUGGCCACCCUCCUCAUCCUCGCUGUGGGAGUCACAGUCCACCUCCUCCUGCCUCUACCGGAGUCGUCCUGGGCCUCAAGAACCAACGUCACCAUAGAGGCUGGAAACUGGACCACUGCCACUCCACUGGAACAAACUACACUAGCGAUGUAAACCAAAGGGACUGGGUCAAAAAACUCUAAAUGUACAGUACAUACAUACAGUAUGCCUGUGCCUGUGUCUGACCUUCUGAGCUUCAUCCGUAACACAUUAACUUUUUCUCAUGACUUGUCCACACUUUGCUUCUAUGAAUGAGAAAAAAGCUCAGUAUGUAUGCAUAAAGAACAUGAAUGGGACACGUGAAUGUUCCCGCUUUUUGUUUUUCUUUGUUCAAAAUAAAAAAUAUUAUUCUGAGGGUGAGAACUUUGUUGGGGAGGGGGCAUGUGGUGACCCCUGAUGACACAGGUGAAUAUGGAACCUACUUUAAUCAUUUGAUUUGCUCAAGAGGGGAAGUGGAACAGGGUGUUGUUUUGUUGACCUAAGAUAGUCUUGUAAAAAGUAAGCACAAUUAACUGUGCUGUUAGUACAUUAGAAAUAUGCAAUAAUAAACCAAUGUAUUUCUUUAUAUAUUUCACUGAAAUAUACUUAUAAUACACUUCUAUACAUAUUAAAGAGGAGCCAUUUUUAACUAGUUGUAUUUAAAUGUACCAGCAAUAUAUUGAUUCAACAGUACGUUUAAAUUAUGCUUUAACUGUAUUAAAGUUCACUCUUAUAUGA